CAACAAAUGGGUCUCAAAUCAGGCCCCCACGAAGAAAUUGUGGUAUUACGCUUCAAAAAAAACAUAAUAGAUUUAAGUGCCCAUGUUCUGGUUGCAACUUAUACUUUUCAAGUUAUGGAGAAGUACAAACAAAAGAUUAACGAUAAAAGACAUACAUUAUUUAAAGAAGCGUUUUGCAAUCAACUUGACGAUAUAAUCAAUGGUUUAACGAAAUAUUAUCAUUUGACUGAACAAGGGAUUUUAAUUGAUAAAGACUUAAAAAAAAGCUGUGACAGUCUUUUAUUGUUAAAACAAGAUUUCUCAAGUUUCUCAGAACAUCAAUUCAGAAUAUCUGAAAAUGCAUUGAAUAAAAAAAUCAAAUUUAUUGUUAGAUACAAAGAAGAAAUCUCAAGAUUGAAAUGCGAACUUGCUAAAAACAAAGAUAAAAUAGCAUCAUUAGUUAAUCAAAACAGAGGAUUGUAUGAAAAAUAUUCCAAAGUACAAGAAAAACACACAACUCUUCAACAGGAAUACCAAGCAUUAAUUGAAAAUAACAACAAUUAUUUUAUUGAACAGUGUGAAUUGUUAAAGAAAGAAAACUAUUCUCUGGUUCAACGGAAUCUAGAGUUAAAUGAUGAGAUUGAAGACUUGAAAGAAAGGAAUAAAGAAAUUGAAAGGGUUAUUGAA